GAAGCUCUGCGUGAGCGGAAGGGUCAACACAGGUAGAACACUCAGUAACUCUGCAGGCCAGACUUAGCUGGUCUCCUUUGGGAAACUAACACACAUGCCGGCUCCCUGUGGUCAACCCCUAUAAACACAUGAGAGGGAAGGAACACAGACAAACCAUGAAAAAGAUAUACAUUGGCAAAACCGCCUUAAAAGUCCCCCGAAAUGGCGGCAAACAUCCAAAAAAGAGCUCAUUGCUGGAGCAGAAGGAGGACUUACGGAAGAGGCUUUCCUACACGACUCACAAGCUGGAGCUGCUGCAGAGCGAGUUCGACUCCACGCGGCAGUACCUGGAGACGGAGCUGCGCCGAGCGCAGGAGGAGCUGGACAAGUUUACUGAUAAACUGCGCAGAAUACAGAGCAGCUACUCGGCACUGCAGAGGAUCAACCAAGAUCUGGAGGAGAAGAUCCACAGAAAUUCCCAGCACCACGACGAUGAGAAACGAGCUUUGAGCAGAGAGAUCAUCGUUCUCAACAACCACCUGAUGGAGGCCAAGCUCACCAUCGAGAAGCUGCGAGAGGACAAUGAUCUGUACAGAAAGGACUGUAACCUGGCUGCUCAGCUUCUCCAGUGCAACAAGUCUCUUUACAGAGCCCAGCUCUCUGAGCUGCCUGCUGAUUUUCAGGAGCGACUGACCAUGCACAUGGAGGAGCCUCCUCUCUGUCACACCUACCCCGACACUGUCCCAGCCUCUCUCAUUGCCAAAGUGCUCGAGAAGCCAGACGAAGCCUGCAGCAGCAGCCAGGCCUCCCGCUCCCCAAGCCCCCAAACCCAGGACCAUGCUUUUAUUUUGGAGAGCUUGGGCCCAGGAGAGCGCCUUGGGCUCCGUGCAGCCUACAAAUCCGACCUGUACAGCAGUGACACGGCCCUGUACUGCCCUGAUGACCGGCACCGUGAGCGGAGACCCAGCAUGGACCUCCACGGUCAGAGGAAGCUGCUGUAUGGGCCCCAAAACUCCACCGACAGCACUCCAGAGGAGGGGUCAGUCGGGUUGAGAGCCGGCUUCUCACAGGAGCACUUCGCUAAAUUCCCCGCCACUCUGGGUGCAGGCUCCAGCUCCUACUCCAGCUUCAGCGGUGGGGGAUCUGAGGACAAAGGCAACGGCCCGCCCAGCAGUGUAGCUUCCUCCCCUCGCCAUCAUUCCCUCUACAUGGACUGGAGAGACGCAGGUGACUAUGAGAGAAAGAGCGAUUCAUCCUGGGAGAGGGACAGUCCAAGAGGCUUUGCCAACGCUCAUCCCUUCCAGCAGACGGAGCUGAGCCACCAUCAGAACGGCAGCUCACCUGUCUACAGCCGCACCAUGUCCUCCUGUUUCAGUGAACCCUAUGAGCCACUCCCUCCCUCUUCAUCCCCAAGUGUUGCCUAUGGAGACAGUCGACGAGGUAGCACAUUAGCCCCAGAGGAGGAGGAGCUGAUUGGUCGAUGGAGACAACUUAGUGUGGAGGAUUUAAGUGCCCACACCUACCGCAGCCCAGGCCGGGCCUCACCUUACAGCUUCUCAGAGCAGCACUUCUCUGUGCGGCCUGCUAAAAUUCGACUCGGGCCGCUCUACAGCAGCUUCCAGGAGGGGGCUGACUAUUAUCAUCACGGAGUGGGUGUCAUGGACCCAGUGUGGGUUGCCGCCAGCCCCAGCCCCGAAUGCAGCCCAGGGCUGCGACAGGCACACAGCCAAGCCCACAUCUACCGAGCUGAGGACAGUCAGGAGUCGGAGCACAGCCUCUACCACUCAGGGAGCUCCAAAGACAGGGAGGGCAACGUGGCAGCUGGUGGCCAGAGCACGGAUUAUGUAGACCCCAGCCCCAACAGCUCCACCGAGUCUCUCAACCAGAGGUCCUUGGAGAUGGCCGCAGAGCUGCAGCACUAUCAAGUAGAGAUGCACAGCUUGCCUGCACAGGUGAGCCAGUCGCCACCACCGGCCCCACCCCCUCCUCCUCCGUACAACCAAAAAUUUGGCUCCCUGGGACUUUCCAGGAAGGACAGUCUGACCAAGGCCCAGCUCUAUGGAACACUUCUGAACUGAAGGACUUUCCAAUCAGGUUCAUUCUUUGAUAGGAUUUUAGAUGCAAAGCCCUGAUGUGUCCAGCUACACCUUCUGUUAGAACAACCAUUUUGAUAGAAAAUGGUUUGAAUAGAAGCCAGGAGCCAAAUGAUUCAGUACCAUGAACAUGUAACUAUUGCUGAUUAUCUAAAAGCUUCAGUUGUAUGGCAGUGGAUGGCAACAGUUUACACUACAAUUGUCCAGAGCAAAUCAGUGAUGUUAAGAGUUGGAUGUGGGGCAACAGGAGAGGUGGAGCUCAAGCAGCCCUUAAAUUUGUAAGAAU